AUCCAACCCCGAAUUUGCUGUACACGGAAAAAAAAAUUUAAUUGGAAGAUAGAGAAAUGCGAGCCAUUGUAUCAUCCAAUUUCUUAUCAAAUUGAAAUUGAACAGGAACAAUCGCCGCGGAGAGGAGCAAAUCGAUGGGGGCUUCUCAAUCAGUGGCCGAGAAAUCCAUCCACGAGUUCAUCGUCAAGGAUUUCAAAGGCAAAGACGUGGACCUGAGUAUCUACAAGGGGAAGGUCCUUCUUGUGGUUAACGUUGCUUCCAAAUGUGGGUUUACAGAUUCGAAUUACACUCAGUUGACUGAGAUUUACAGCCGAUGCAAGGAUCUAGGAUUUGAAAUAUUAGCAUUUCCAUGCAACCAGUUUUUGAAGCAAGAGCCUGGAACCAGCCAGGAUGCUCAAGAAUUUGCUUGUACGAGAUACAAGGCGGAAUAUCCAAUCUUCCAAAAGGUACGAGUGAACGGGCCAGACACAGCGCCAGUAUAUAGGUUCCUCAAAGCAACUAGCAACGGAUUCUUGGGCAGCCGGAUAAAGUGGAAUUUCACCAAGUUCUUGGUAGAUAAGGAAGGUGUUGUCAUCAAUCGCUACAGCCCGACCACCAACCCAUUGGCAAUUGAGAAUGACAUCAAAAAAGCAUUGGAAGUCGCUUGAGUGGCCUCUGACCUCAUACUUAAUGUAAGUUCACAUGAAUUAAAUUAAUUGAAGGCAUAAAUAGAAUAUAAUCAAAUGGUAGAGGUCUGCUGUUCUUUGGCUGUAAUUAUCAUGUAAGCAGUAAUAAUCCAAGGGGUCUGUGUGUGUUUUCUUUUCUUGAAUUUAGAGGGAAGGGAAGUAGUGUUCCUUUUUGGCUGCGAGUGUAAGAUUUUUGGAGUUGGUUACUUGGAUAUGUAUAUUUGUUUAUUUGGUAUUAGGUUGUGCAUUAUUAUGGAAUUCCAAGUUUCCUUUGCAAGAGAGAGAAAAAAAAGUAAUUUAUGAUCAAUGUUGAACAGGAAACAUACCUUGUAUUUGAAGUAACUUUAUGUUUCUGUAAUGUGAAUUAAAUGUAUAAAUUGUUGAUUUGA